UACUAGGAAAGCUUAGUGUAAUAUUUUCUAUAAUCUAUAAGUUCUAACAAAAUUGAAUCCUAAUACUGGUACAUAUCAAUUAACAAUAAUUAUUUUAGUAUAAAAACGAGUCAAACAGAAAGUAUUUAUUUUUAAAUAGUAUUAAGUUAACAAUCAGUUUCAGUGGUCAAAAGGCACUCGCAUCUAGUUGGCGCCUUGAGAACACAAAGAAAUCUGGCAACAGUGCAGCCGCGCCCCUCCCAACCGUCAUCUUGUUAUUGUAGUGACUCACGGCCCACGCUCGUCGCGUAUCACGUAGUCUGUACUCAUCCGCCGACUUGUACACUUAUAGUGUUGUGUUUUCUGUAUUCGUUGCCUCCACUGGUUUGUUUAAUGUUUAGUUUAAUCUGCAGUUCUAAAAAAAUGGCAUCUCAAAAUAAUCGAAAACGACCGAAUCCAAAAUCAAUUAUUAGUUCAUAUUUUCAAAAAGUUGAGAAAAUAACAGACGACAAUGAACCACGUGUAAAAAAGACUAAUACAUCUUCAUCACAACCUGAUCCUGACUCAUGCAUAAAUACUUUAUCAAUUUCUCUUACCGAUGCUGCAUCUAACAACACCACUAUUAUGAACACUGAAGAGCACAAUGAAAACCAAAAUACAUCCCUAGAAUUAGGUAGAGAUGGUAGUUGUGCCAAUGACAUAGGGCUUUUUGUGAAUAAAAAGACAGAUGAAUUUACAAAGUGUCAAUUGUUAGAACGACAUUGGACACCGCCCAAAUCAUAUGAAUUCCCACAUUCAAUUCACACUAAAAAUGGCAAGGAAGUAAAACGUUACUUAGGUCAUCAACACCUGGAACAAAGAAAUUGGCUAGUUUUUUCCGACGUUAAAAAGGGGUUAUUUUGUAAGUUCUGCGUUUUGUUUUCCGAUAAAAAGUGUGGGCACAAUAAAGGGAUGUUAGCUCAGAACCUUGUAACCCAACCCUUGACUUCAUAUGCCAAGCUAUUGGGUAAAGACGGCUUCAUACAAACACAUGAAAACACGGCUUAUCAUAAAAUAUGCGUGCAGGCGACUUUGCUCAACUCUUUAUGCACGGCUGAGUUUUUAAUAUCAAUGAUGUCAUUGAUUGACGUUCUAAAAGUCUCAUUGCCGCUCAGUCGACUUCUACAAACACCAUCACUUGACACUAACCGGGCAUCUACCGCAGUCACCAACACCAUGGCAACAUUAAAAGAAAGAAGGAUUAAAUGUGAUGAUAUAUUCAAACAAAUAUUUUUUGAAACCAAAGCGCUAGCAGAGGAGCUGGAUGUUGAAUUGAAGUUACCAAGACGUACGGGCAGUCAAACUAAGAGAUCAAAUCACCCAGGAGACGUAGAAGAGUACUACAGACGAUCUAUUUAUAUACCUCUUCUUGAUAAUGUUUUUUAACAUCCAGGUUAAGUUAUAGCUCACUGGAAUGUUUU